AUGGUAGUUAAAGAAGGAAGUUUUAAGUUUGUGUUAUCAUUCACAGAGAAGACUGCAUUUUGGAGAACAGAACUUGUAAGUUCUAAGCAAGAACUGGCCCACUAUACCUGCCAAGUGUGUGAGUCCAUCUUUGACCGGUUCGAUGACCUGAAAGAAGAAAUAUGGAGAGCUAUUGUAAAGUUCAUAUUAACAAUUGUGGAGCUCGUCUUGAAAGGAAUUUGGAUUUGGGGAACCCAGUAUAACUUUCUGCACAAUGCAACACAUGACACAGCUCCAGAUGUUGCUCCACAAAUUCUGACUGAACAAAUCAGACAUUUUAAGGAUGUUGGUUUACUGGUGAAUUCUCCAUAUUUCUGUGUUCUGAGGCCUGAGAGACAAAUAGAUCUUAUCAUCUCCCUUGACUUCAGUGGAGGAAACCCAAUGGAGACAGUUGUGGAGGCACACAAAAAAUGUGAGGAGAUGAAAAUUCCAUUACCAACUGUUGUUGUGAGUCCUGAGGCCAAAAAAACUCCAAAGGACUUUUACGUCUUCAAAGGCGUCAACACUCCAACUGUGAUCCACAUGCCAUUGUUCAACAUUGUAAACUGUAAAGUUGAGGACUUGAGUAAGUUGCGAGAGAAAUACAAAACAUUCCAAGGAGCUUACAGUCCAGAGAUGAUUACUGAGCUGAUGGAGCUGGCUGGCCAGAACAUCACCAAUAACAGGGAACAUUUGCUGAGGGAGAUUGAAAUGGUCUCGAAGAGAACAACUCAUCAAAACUGA